AUGAAAAGAGUACUUCUACUAACGGCAAAUGUCGGCUCGUUGUUUGAAGAAGAAGCGAGAGUACAAGAGUCAUGGCUGAAUGUGAUCACAAAUAAUCAUUGGGGUCACUUCAAUUCAUCCAUCUGGAACACAAAGAAUCAUACACGCUUCUUCAAUAUUUGCCAUUGGACGAGGACAAUCAUGUGGCUGCACCCGUAUAAUGUGAUCAUGAAUAUCUGUGAAAUUUUCUCUUCUGCUAUCAGUGUCAGUGCAGCACACGUGUUUUCCUUUGCCGGGAUACAUUUAAAUAAUCCAAAGAGACAACGCAUGAAAGAUUCAACGGCUAUUCAACUC